CAGAUGACGGAAGUGAAUUGGGAAUUCCAAAACAUUUGCAAGAUUUAGAUUGAAAGAUAAGUUAUAUGCACGAUUCUACUCCAAAAAUAGCUAAGCGAGAGAUUAAAAUCAACAAAUCGUAAAUAUGUGUGUGUGUGUGUAUGUGCAUGUGUCUUAUUUUCAGUUGGAAGAUCCGUGUUAAAAAGUUCAAAAUGGACCAGGACUAUUAUCUGCUAUUGGGAGUAGGCCCCAAAGCCACAGAAGAUGAGAUCGUUAAGGCCUACAAGCGCAUGGCUCUGAUAUAUCAUCCGGACAAGAACAAUCACCCCGAGUCUGUGGAGCACUUCAAGAAAAUAGGAGCUGCCUUCAAGGUGCUCUCAAACAAGGUCGCUCGAGCGAACUACGAUCGAAACGGUAGAGGAACGGCAACUCCUGGGCCAAGUCGCCCGAGCACUAGCCAGCAGAGCACAGCACCGGAUAUAUUGCCAGUGCUGGGGGUCAUUGGUGUGGGCAUUUUGGGCGUGUUUGGCCUCUUCCAGUUGUUCAACAACAAGGAGUCGAAUAACAACGAUGGGGAAUCGGAUAAUGACGAAUAAAUCUGUUGAAUUUUUACCCAAAA